AUGGCUGACUCGAGCUUUGCCCUGGCGCAACAGCGUGUGGCUGCCCGUCGCCAAGCCCGCGAAUCCCAAGAAGCCGCUCGAAUCGCUGCACAACGCGAGGCCUCUCGUGCGAGUGCGCAGCUGCAGCGCUUACCGUAUCCGUUCAAUGGCCUUUCGUCAGUGUGGGAUACCAUCUCCGCUCGCCAGGGCACGCGGCCUGCCUUCCGGGUUGGCCAGGUCGACGCGGAGCUCCUGGACCAGGAGCUGCUGGACCUCCUCAAAGGACAAGCCGGCGAGGCACUGAAGUACUUCUCGGAUGGCCACCUCAGCGAUGAUUGGUCUGCCGAGAUCUCCCUGGCCCUCCGCGCCAUCCUGUUCAAGCUGACUGUCUGGGACCAUGAUGCAACCUACGGCGCUGCGCUACAGAAUCUGAAAUACACCGACGCCAGGAAGGACGGGGCCGUGCUCGUGCCACCCUCUCGAUGGCAGAAGUCCCUCUUUGGGGCCGUCACCGUCUUUGGUAGCUACGCCUGGACAAAGUGGGAGGACUGGCUCGUGGAAAGGGACGAUGGCUACGCUGAACCUAAUCCUCGACUGGAGCGCCUGUCCAGGUUCACAUCUACCCUCUCCACCGCCCACAGCGCGGCAGCCUGCGUCUCAUUCCUGGUGUUUCUUCUCAACGGGAGAUAUCGGACGUUGCUGGAUAGACUACUAAGGAUGCGACUCGCACCACCUACCAGCCAAGUGAGUCGAGAGGUCUCAUUCGAGUAUCUCAACCGUCAACUGGUGUGGCACGCCUUUACUGAAUUCCUCCUCUUUGUCUUACCUUUGAUUGGCAUUAAUCGAUGGAGACGGUGGUUGAGCCGCACCUGGCGUAAAACUAAGGAAAUCAUCCAGAUCGGCCCCGAGGAAGGGAACUCGAAGAAUGGAGAGUAUGCGUUUCUUCCAGAACGGACAUGCGCCAUCUGCUAUCAGGAUCAGAACGAAGCCGCGACGACGGAAAAUGAGGUUAUGGCCGCGGCAGCAUCUAGUGGUGUGAUCGGUUCUACGCAGACUGACAUCACCAACCCGUACGAGACCAUCCCUUGUGGAUGCAUCUAUUGUUUCGUCUGCAUCGCCACUCGUCUUGAACGCGAGGAGGGAGAGGGCUGGACGUGCCUUCGCUGUGGGGAACACGUCAAGGAGUGUAAGCCGUGGAAUGGUGAUGUUCUUGAGCCAGCCAAUAAGUCUGGCUCCUCCAAGACAGUGGCGUUCUCUGAUGACUUGCCAAGCAGCCCGCCAGUGGAUAAAGUCCCUGCCGGUGCUGAUAACCUUGCGGCGGAGGUUACUGAGGAAUGA